AUGUUUCUAGUCAAUUGGCUCUAUAGUGCACUGAGUUAUCUUGACUUCUUCCAAAAGAACGCUAAACUUGUAUUUCUAGGUCUGGAUAACUCUGGCAAAUCUACCUUAAUUCAAAUGUUGAAUGAUGGCAAAUUGUGCUAUCUUCAGCCUACUGUACAUCCAGAAUCCGUAGAACUUAUAAUUGGGGGGAUCCGCUACCGUGCCUUUGAUUUAGUCGGCCACGAAAACGCUAGAAAAAUGAGGAAAGACUAUUUGCUAGCAAACGUCGAUGGGAUAGUCUUCAUGGUUGAUUCAUCAGAUAGAGAGCGGUUCGAUUUAUCAAGAAAUGAGCUCGAUGAGUUAAUGUCGAUGGAAGAGCUACAAAAUGUUCCUUUUAUUAUUUUAGGCAAUAAAAUUGACCUUGAUGAUGCAGCGAGUGAAGAAGAGCUUAGAAAUGCUCUGGGAUUAGAAACAUAUAAGUGUUACGGAAAAGACUUAAAAUCACAGACAGGGGUAAGACCGAUUGAGCUUUUCAUGUGUUCAGUGGCAAGAAGAGCGGGAUAUGCUGAAGGAUUCCAAUGGCUUAGUCAGUUUAUAAAUUAA